CGCUACCGCCGCCGCCGCCGGCCGGGGCCCAGCCAGCGCCCGCCUCGCCGGAGUCGAGUCGCAGCCGGAGCCGCUGCCCGCGGCCCCGCCAUGAGCGGAAGCGCCGCCGCCGCGGUCGCCGCCGCCGCCGCCUCAGCAGCCGCGGCCGCCGCGCACUUCCAGCCUCCGUCGUCGUCUCCCAGGCCGGGCCCCGCCGAGCUCGGGCCCCCGCGCCGCCCGCGCCCCCCCCCGCCGCCGCCGCCGCCGCCGCCGCCGCCCCGGCCCGAGCCCGCCGCCGCCGGCCGCCUCAGUCCUCAGGGCCACGGGCCUCUCCGGGCGGGCGCCCAGGGAGGCGGCGCCUGCGGCCGAGCGCCGGGUUCAGGUAGUGUUGGUGCUUCUUUCCAGUGCCAGUCUAUCCAUCACGACCAUAUCUGUCAUGAUGACAGUGACAAGAUAUCUCCUGAGGCCAAUUCUGCACUUCUACCUGGCCAUGCUAACAAGGGGAUUUGUGAAAGGGUGAGACUUCAGAGCCUGUUCCCUCUCCUCCCAUGUGAUCAGAACACUACCGUUCAAGAGGAUGCCCACUUCAAAGCUUUCUUCCAGAGUGAAGAUAGUCCAAGUCCCAAGAGACAGCGCCUCUCUCAUUCAGUCUUUGACUAUACAUCAGCAUCACCAGCUCCCUCACCACCAAUGCGACCAUGGGAGAUGACAUCUAAUAGGCAGCCCCCUUCCGUUCGACCAAGCCAACAUCACUUCUCAGGGGAACGAUGCAACACACCUGCACGCAACAGAAGAAGUCCUCCUGUCAGGCGCCAGAGAGGAAGAAGGGAUCGUCUGUCUCGACAUAAUUCCAUUAGUCAAGAUGAAAACUAUCACCAUCUCCCUUUCGCACAGCAGCAAGCAAUAGAGGAACCUCGAGCCUUCCACCCUCCGAAUGUAUCACCCCGUCUGUUACACCCUGCGGCUCAUCCACCCCAGCAGAAUGCAGUCAUGGUUGACAUACAUGACCAGCUCCACCAGGGUGCUGUGCCUGUUUCUUACACAGUGACAACAGUGGCGCCACAUGGGAUCCCGCUCUGCACAGGCCAGCACAUCCCUGCGUGCAGUGCACAGCAGGUCCCAGGGUGCUCUGUGGUUUUCAGUGGGCAGCACCUCCCCGUCUGCAGUGUGCCUCCUCCAAUGCUUCAAGCAUGUUCAGUUCAGCACUUGCCAGUCCCAUAUGCUGCAUUUCCACCCCUUAUUUCUAGUGACCCGUUUCUUUUACAUCCUCCUCACCUUUCCCCACAUCAUCCUCCUCAUUUGCCUCCACCAGGCCAGUUUGUUCCUUUCCAAACACAGCAAUCACGAUCGCCACUGCAGAGGAUAGAAAAUGAAGUGGAACUCUUAGGAGAACAUCUUCCAGUGGGAGGUUUUACUUACCCUCCAUCAGCUCACCCCACAACAUUACCUCCAUCCGCGCCUCUGCAGUUCCUAACACAUGACCCUCUGCACCAGGAGGUGUCCUUUGGAGUACCUUAUCCUCCAUUUAUGCCUCGGAGACUAACGGGACGUAGUAGAUACCGAUCCCAGCAGCCAGUACCACCUCCCCCUUAUCAUCCCAGCUUACUACCAUAUGUAUUAUCCAUGCUUCCAGUGCCACCUGCAGUAGGCCCAACUUUCAGCUUUGAAUUGGAUGUAGAAGAUGGAGAAGUAGAGAAUUACGAGGCUCUGUUAAACCUGGCCGAGCGACUGGGAGAGGCCAAGCCUCGAGGACUGACUAAAGCAGACAUUGAACAGCUUCCUUCUUACCGGUUCAAUCCUAACAACCACCAGUCAGAACAGACUUUGUGUGUAGUAUGCAUGUGUGAUUUUGAGUCAAGGCAGCUACUUAGAGUUUUACCAUGUAACCAUGAGUUCCAUGCCAAGUGUGUUGACAAAUGGCUUAAGGCAAAUCGUACUUGCCCAAUUUGCCGAGCUGAUGCUUCAGAAGUACAUCGGGAUUCAGAAUGAGCAACCUAAGAGCACAAAUUUAGUUUGGGUGUUCCUCAUCACAUGUAUAUACGGACUAUCCAUUGAACUGAAUCUGUGGCUUCCAGCCCUCCCCUUACCAAAAGGGUCAAUGGACCUUUCUUUGCACUGUGUGACUUAAUCAACUAUAAAAGCUUACAAUUAGUCUUCACAAUUAUGGGAUUGUUAUACUAACCGUGUGAUUGGAACUCCAAAGACUUUUCUUUAGCUUAAUUUUGUGUGUGCACUAACAUUCCCUGGUUUUUGUGUGAUCAUUCCGAGUAUUGCUGCAAGAUUACAGUGGACGUGAUCUUUUAGCAUGUGCUUUUAUAAAAAGUGGUAGCUCCAGAUGAUAUAGCAAUCUACCUUAUAUAGAGCCUUCAGAAACUGUGAGUGGAGAUGAAUGCAGUGUGUGACUGGUGGUGAUAAAUGUAUCUUUGUGUGUGAGUGUGCACAAUUACUUGUGUGAGGGCAUGGUAGCUAACGUGUGUUUGAGAUCCUAUAUACCAGCAUGUACCAGGAAUGUGUGUGUAGUUUUAAUUAUGCUGCAAUGUAUACUCUGGUGUGUUAUUUAAACAGCACUAGUACUGUACACUGGUUUCCCCCCUUGUGUUUGCUGUUGCACACUGAUUGCUAGGGUGCAUCAAUUAUAAGCAUCGAAUACCCCAUACUUUUCCCCCCUGUGAAUGGAAUGAGAAAAGCCUUCUUCCUUUGCUUUGGGCAGCUGUCACCUCUUCGUGGUGAUCCCAUCUGGGUCACCUUCAGAAAAAAAAGUGUAACAGAUUUCUCACUCCAUGAACCUGUUUUUUGUGUUUUGUUUUUUUCUUUUUGUUGUUGUUCAGUUGUGAAAAAGAAAAAUUUAAAUCUCCAACAUGCUGUUUCCAAAAAGAAGGUGCAAUAUCAUACAUCAUCAGUCAGCAAUAUUAGCAUUUCAGGCAGUGGUUUGAAUGUUGGGACUUUUUUCCCUUUACAUUUCCAGUAAGCUUCUUACAGGAAGUACUUGUGAUUUUUUUUUUUUUAAAUGUUUAGAUUUGUAGUCUAUUCUGAAGAUACUGAGUAAUAUAUUUCUAAGAUUACCACUGGUCCCUGAUGUCUCACCUCUUAGACUUCAGCAGAAUGAAGUCUGGUCAUUAAGUUGGCUUGACUGUAAUAUGUGUUCUUCAGGCUCCCAUAAACUAAAUUGUUUUAAGAAAACUUCUUGUUCAGGAUAGUUGACCUCCCAAACUGCAGCUCUGGAAGUUGUCUAGUUCUUCCCUCAGUCAAUGUGCUUCUCAUCAGACUUGUUUCCAGGAUGGGUCAAACGCUGUGACAGCUGAGUUCCUUAGACCUGAUGUGCUUUGAUAGUUCAUUGCUUUUCAGUUUUGUUUGAAUGAGAAGAUUUUAACAGGCAUCCAGAAAUACUUGCAGUAUAAAUGAAGAUUUGAUUUUUGUAUGAAAAAAAUAAUGCUGUAAAACAGGACUUAACCUUCAUUUAGUUAUCUGAGAUAAUACAUUGUGUGGGUUUUUUAAAUAAGUUUAUUGAGCAUAUUUCAGAUUGUUGAAAGUCAUUUUCCCAGCAGUGUUUAGAUUGCUUCUUUCAUUCUUGUGGUGUAUUCAACGUCGUCUGCCUCUUCCUGCAGUUGAUGUCAUUGCUUCAUUUGCAGUACGCAAGCUGCAUAAACCCAGUUAGGACUGUGAUGACUUGCUGCCAGCCUCACUUAACUUUCAGUUGGCUCUGUGUCCGUUUUCGACUCAGACGGUGUUAACUACUUGUUACUGCCAUGCUGCUGGCCUUCCCCUGAAGUCUGUAAGCGCAGUAAGAGUUCAGUAAAGUCAGUUCACACAAAAGCACAAUUUUGCCCUUUUCCAAACACUGUUGCCUCUAACUAGUCAUACAAAUAGGAUUUUGGCAUCCUUUCUGUUUGCCCAUAUAUUUGUUGGUGUUUCAGAAACCCAUCAGAACAAGUGGCAAAGUGCAUGUUACUUUCUUAAGCUCAUUAAAAUGACAAUCCCCCACCUGCUCCUGAAAAAGUGUGAUAAAGACCAAAAUUAUUGGCAUAAUAAUCAGUACAUUACAAAUCACGUUUGAGCUUUUAUUUUUUUAAUUAAAGAAUCAUGUUUAAAGUGGAAAACCCCAUCUUCUACAUAGACUUUUGUAUAGCUGCAGAGGAUUUAUAUCUGUACAGAUCUAACAUAACACUACUACACUCAGUAUUCCGCUUAUUGAAGCGUGCAAGUGAAGCACUUUUUCUAAUUUGUACAGAUAGCUAGUUAACAAGGCACAUUUACUAAUGACUAAGAAAAUAGCUUUCUUCUUUUCUUCCCUCUGACGAUGAAUUUCUGUCAUAUCCCUUUUUCCAGUUUUGUUUUGUUUCUGAGAGGCAGUUGGCAAUUGAGGAGGCAGCAAAGUCUUUUGAUAAAAUCCUGAAUUGUCGGCACUCUUGUGACUGAUCUCUCUCCGGGAAUGUCUGUUUCUUUGUGUGAGGCUCUUAGAGAUGUGUGCAGACUUGCUUAUAAGUGACUAGUUAGGAGUGUACAUGUCAUCUGAACUCUCUCAUAUUAGCCAUGGUUGAGCAACUUUGUGGCUAGCAGAAAAAAAGGAAAAAACAGUUGUUUGAUGCUGACUGUUGCUACCUUGGAUGAUACAGCAGAUAGCAGGCAGGUGUGGGUUUGUUGCCUUCUUCUCCCCUCCUACAACAGUGACUUUACCAUCUUAACUCUGGGCUUUGCUUUGGGGAGGCCCUUAGCUUCCCCCAUCCCCAACCCCCUACAUUUCCCCCCAAAAAAAACUCAAGGCCUCCAGGUAUAAAGAUCUCAUUAGGGUUUUCUGUCCUGAUUUUUUUUUUUUUAACAAAAUCUGGAAAAUGUGAAUGCAUAUUUAGAUUUUAUAUACUUUCUGAAAGAUUAUUAAAUUGGGGCCUCAUAAUAUUUUGAAUGAGAUCUUCCAACUCACAUGUGAAUAUUUUUCACAGAUAUUAGGCCUUCAUUAAGAGAACUGUUUCCCCCUGUUGGUACAUUUGGUUACCUCAUUUUGCUGUUUGUUUCAGAUUAUGAAAGCUUACAGGGGUGUCUCUUUGGAAUCAUUUGCUGAGUCAUUUCCUCAAGUCAUAUUCCAUUGUGUCAGUUAACAUAUAGUUUUAAAUGUACGUAUUAUAAAUAUCUGUAACCAAAUCAUUUGAAGGCUUGAUAAAUUUUUAACAAAGUUUGUACAUUUUUUAUGAAAGUUACUAGUAAUGCUUUACUAAGUAGUGCAAUGAAUUUUUAUUUUUAAUCCCUGUGCCCAAUUUUGGAGUUGAGAGGGUUGUUGGUAAUAAAUGUAUGAUGUACACUUAAA